CAAAUCCCUCAAUCUCUUCUGCGCAUCGCGAGAGGCCGAGAGCCGAGAGUGGAGUCGAGAGCAUCCUAUCGGCACCGCCUGACGCUGCCGCUUGCCAUCACGAGACGGCGAGAGUCGAGACCCUCCGCCAUUGCCGCCGCCCGCCAGCCAUCCCAUUCCUUUCGCCGCCGCGAGCCCGCGAGCUGCCUCCUCUACUCGCCGGCGCCAUUCGUAGCCAGCAGUCCGCCGACGCCAUUUACCAAACGGCGACCAGUGCCCCUCUACUGUAGCCAUUAAAUUAUGUUGAGGAAGGGUUAACAUACAUGGUUUCCGAGAAGAAGCAAGGCGAGGCGAGCAACCAUACCAGCAUUGACAAGAAGUCAAGGAGCUCGUGAGGAGUUAGAGUUGGUUUGAGUAUUUUGUUCGUGCCUAUGAGUAUAUAUACUGGAGGUUCAAUGUUCAAGAUUUUGGACUAAGUUGUUUUAAGUAUUUGGUUUGUGAUUGCCCAAGUGUUAUGGC